AUGCAGCCUCCGCACCGCGUAGCUUUCUUUCCGUUUUCGCUUCUCCGCGGGAAGCGACGCCCGUCGCUUCCGCCGCGAUGCGUGCAGACGUGGGAGCUCGGUUUUUCACGCGGGUCGGCGGCUGGACUAACUCUGAAGGCUCCCUCGCCGACCUCGCGCGUCGCGCCCUUCCGCUACUCCGCUGUCCUCUCUGGGUCACUCACCUACCGCCCGCUUCUUCUCUCCGUGUCGCCUCGCUGGCGCGUCGGUUUUGCUGGUCGCGCGCCGCCGCCCGCAGGUGCCGGCGCCUUUUCCACGCCCACUGAGCCUCUUGCGUGGGCGGGAGCUACGGGUGCCGCCCAGGAUCUGCAUCCGCUGCUGGUUCCGGCCGCACUGCCCUUCUCGACGUCGACUUACUCUUCUUCCUGCGCGGCGAGGCCGUCUUCGGGGAGUCCACUGGCGCCGUCGCCGACCUCCGCCGCGCACGCCUCGACCUUCGGCGCUGCGCCGAGCCCGCCGCCGCUCUCCGCAGUGCCGCACACGGUGGACUGCCGCGUCUGUCCCGUGGCGCGCGCCCCGAAGUCGCCGUCGAGUCUCCAUCUGCUGCGCUCGCUGCUGCCCUUCCUGUGGCCUGCGUCGCUGUCGCACCGCUUGCGCGUCCUCGGCGCUGUCGCCUCGCUCGUGGCUGCCAAGUUCAUGACUACGCAGGCGCCGCUUCUCCUCGCCAACAUGGUCGAUUGCUUCCAGGCGCUGCCUGCUGCCGCCGACCUCGCCUCCCAUCCACCCCCCGAAGACGGAGGGGCGGCAGCGGCCGAAGCCGACGGGGCGCUGAACCUCCUCGAGCAGACCGCGCGCGUCGCGGCGCUGCCUCUCGGCAUCGUCUGCGGCUUUCCGCUCGCGAGAAUCGCCGCCUCCGGCUUCAACGAGCUGCGGUCGCUGCUGUUUGCGCGUGUGAGCCAGAGCGCGAGCUCUGAGUUUGCUUGCCACGCAUUCCUCCAUCUUCAUUCCCUCGCCUUCUUCCACGACAAAAAGGCUGGCGAGCUGUCGGUUCUGAUUAGCCGCGGCAUAAAGUCGAUUACGUCGCUUCUCAACGUUCUGCUCUUCCAGCUGUUUCCCACGGCGUUAGAGUUUUUGCUGGUGCUGUAUCUCCUCGCGGCCAAGGUCGCCGGUCCCGUCGCGCUCAUCACCUUAGCCACGAUGGCCGCCUACGUCGCCUUCACGACAGCCGUCACCAGCAGGCGAACCAAAAUCCGGAAGGCGAUGAACCGCGCCGAGCAGCAGUCCGCCGGGCUGCUGGUAGAUUCGCUGGCGAACGCAGAGGCCGUUCGCUUCUUCACGGCGGAGAAGCAAGAGCUGAAGCGCUUCGCGACCGUCCAGCGCCACUACGCGGUGAAGAACGUCGCUGUCAACGAGAGCCUCGCCUUGCUCAACUUUGGUCAGCAGCUUAUCUUUAACUGCGGAGUGCUCGGGGCGCUGCUGUUCACCGCCUCGCAGGUCGCGGCGGGCGCGUUGCCGGUUGGGCACCUCGUGCUCGUGAGCAACAUGCUUCUCCAGCUGGCGAUUCCGCUGAACUUCGUGGGCACGAUAUACCGCGAGACGAGCUUGAACCUGAUCGACCUGGAGAAGCUCUACGAGCUGCUCAACAUGCAGCCGCCGAUUCAGAAUCCGCCGAAUGCCAAGGCGUUUGUGCUGAAGCGUGGCGAGAUCGAGUUCGAUCGCGUGAGCUUCGCGUACCCUCCAGUGCUGCGCACCUCGAAGGCGGAGGCGGCCGCGGAAGACAGACGCACGGACGCACCCGAGGCUCGGCGGAAGGGCAGCGCGCUGCUGCUCGAAGACGUCUCGCUCACAGUGAGACCGGGCGAAAAAGUCGCCAUUGUCGGCUCGAGUGGCGCAGGAAAAAGCACACUUAUCAAACUGCUUUACCGCAUGUACGACCCGAAGCAUGGGACAGUCCGCAUCGACGGCCAGGACGUGAAAGAGCUCGAUCUCACCUCGUUCAGGCAGCACAUCGGCGUGGUGCCCCAGGACAUGGUGCUGUUCAACGACACCGUGGAGUUCAAUAUCAAAUACGGAUGUCCCUCGGCGACAGACGAACAAGUGAAGGCUGCGGCGCAGCAGGCGGAGAUCCACGACAUGAUCAUGGGCAUGCCUGACGGGUACAAAACAGUCGUCGGCGAGCGCGGCCUCAAGCUCAGCGGCGGCGAGCGCCAGCGAAUCGGCAUCGCCAGGUGUCUGCUGCGCAACCCCGCAGUCGCCAUCUUCGACGAAGCGACCAGCGCCCUCGACUCCCACACCGAGCAAAAGAUUUUGAAGGCAUUCCGCGCCAUGUCGCGCGGCCGCACGACGCUGGUCAUUGCACAUCGGCUGAGCACGAUUUCCGACGCGGACAAGAUCGUGUACCUGAAGGACGGUAAAGUUGCAGAGUUGGGGACGCACGACGAGCUUCUCCGCCGACCGGGCGGCCUGUACAGGGCGCUGUGGGAGUCGCAGCAGCAUCAGGACGCGGCCCGGAAAGACAGCGAAGAUUUCGGGGAAUUGUGA